AAAAGCGAAGCCCUGGCAGCUGUUCAAAUCAUACCUUUCUCGGCCUUUUGGCUAAGAUCAAGUGUAGUAUCUGUUCUUAUCAGUUUAAUAUCUGAUACGUGGGCCAAUGGCCCACACGAUAUUAAAUUAAUUUUUCCUUCUCGCGCGUCGCCCAUGCGUUGCACUACUGCACGGGCCUGGCGCACCCCACCAAUAUGA